CUACCACGCAACACCGCCCAUAGCCCCAGCAAUUGCGCCUGAGCCCGUGUGUGCAGCUCCCUCACCAUGUCCAAAGGCACCAAGUACCUGCUAGUAUCUCUGCCGACCUCGAUAACGCCCUCCAGUGACCACGACGAGGCUCUCACGGCCCUGCGAGCUGCCGUCACCGACUACGGCACCACCUACCCGUUUGCGAUUCCUACCUUCAAGAUUGGCACUCUCGAUGCCCUGGUACAGCAGGCAGAUGAUCUGGCCAAGCUCGACACUGCUUGUGAGGGCGUAGUCAACAAGAUUGGGGACUCGUUGCGGACUAUACUCGAUGGCGAUGAGGGGAAGAUUGAGCAGCAGAAGACGAUCAACGACAAGCCUGUGGACCAGUACCUACGCACCUUUUCCUGGAACAAGGUCAAAUAUCGAGCUGAAAAGUCGAUAGCGGACCUGAUAGACUCGUUGCAAAAGGAAAUUGCCGGCAUAGACAACGAUGUGAAGGCCAAGUUCCAACAAUACAAUGCAGUCAAGACGAAUCUGGCGGCAGCAACACGGAGACAGACAGGCAACCUCUCAACACGAUCACUGGCUUCAAUAGUGGCCGGAUCAUCCCUGAUACAAGACUCUGAAUACCUAGAGACCCAUCUAAUCGCCGUUCCGAAACCCAUGGCCAAGGACUUCCUCAAGUCCUACGAAACCCUCUCCGAGAUGGUCGUACCACGCUCCGCCAACCAAGUGGCCGCAGACGACGAAUUUAUCCUUUAUGCCGUAGUGGUAUUCAAGAAGCACAGCGCAGACUUCGUCCACAAAUGCAGGGAAAAGAGGUGGACACCUAGAGACUACAAGUACAAGGCCGGUGGAAAAGAGGAGGAGGCAAAGGAGGUGGACAAACUGAAUCAAGACGAGAGGAAAAUAUGGGGAGAGGCUCUCAGGCUAGGGAGGACUGGUUAUAGCGAAAGUGCUAUGAUCUGGGUACACGUACUUGCACUACGAGUCUUCGUCGAGACUGUCCUGCGAUACGGCUUGCCUUUGGAUUUUGUUUGCGGGCUAAUACAAACAAACGCAAAAAAUGCUAAGAAGGCAAAAGCUUCUCUGGACACUCAAUACUCAUACCUAGGCGGAAACGCCUUCGGACGCGAUAGCAAGGGACGUGUAAAGAAAGACGACCAAGCCACAGCCACCGAGAUGCAAGCCGCAGGUCACCUGGGAGAAGGCACCGAGUAUUCUGCUUAUGUUUACUACGAGUUCGAGAUUGCGUAG